AUGGCUUCUGGUUCACCCUCAAAGUACAUGUCAACCUCCAAAGAGUAUCCUCUUCAUCUCCAUGGUUGGCUGCGAAUACACAAAGAUGGCCGAUGUGAAAGAUUCAUCGGAAACGAUAUCAUCCCGACUGGAACUGAUCCCAUAACCGGCGUCCAAUCAAAAGACGUCAUUAUUUCACACCAAUCCAAUCUUUUCGUAAGGCUUUACAUUCCCAAAACCAUCGUCGACAUCCCUAACCGGAAAUUCCCAACUCUGAUGUAUUACCACGGUGGUGGCUUCUUGACUGAAUCCGCCGCUUCUUCCACCUACCACCCCACACUUAACUUGAUCACGGCAGAAUCCAACGUGAUUGCGGUGUCUGUAAACUACAGGUUGGCUCCGGAAUAUCAUAUACCAGUUGCAUACGAGGAUUCAUGGGAAGCAAUCAAGUGGGUGGCUACCCAUGUUAAAGGAAAUGGUCCGGAGUCAUGGUUAAACGCCCAUGCUGAUCUUCAGAAUGUGUUCUUUGCUGGAGAUAGCGCAGGAGCCAACAUCGCACAUAACAUGGCUAUCCGGGUCGGGUUGAACCAAGUAAAGGUUGUUAACCUAAAGGGUGUUAUUAUGAUCCACCCUUAUUUUGGUGGAAGAGAAUUUAUUGGAGAAGAGUCUAAACAUGAACAACACAAAGCAUUCAUGAAUCAGAUGUGGCUUUUGGCUAAUCGAUUAGGGAUUGGGUUAGAUGACCCGUUGUAUAAUCCGGUCAUGGACCCGUGUGUUUCAGCUUUCGGGUGCUCCAAGAUUCUUUUGUGUGUUGGCGGGAGGGAUAAACUAAGGGGUAGGGCCCUACUCUAUAAGGAGUUGAUGGAGACGUGUGGGUGGAAAGGCUUUAUUGAGUUGAUGGAGAGCAAAGGGGAGGGCCAUGUCUUCUUUUUGUCUAAUACUUCAUGUGAAAAUGCUCGUAUCUUACGUAAAAAGAUUUGUAACUUUAUCAAUUCGAUCAGCAGCAAAAUCUGA